GGAGCGAUGAUGUCAUUUGUGAAAACUUAGCCUACUCCCUCUAGUGAGAGACGCUGAUUUGUCUUUCACAUAAUUUUUCUGCAGAAGUUUUGUGAAGUGGCCGAGACAGAGCGCGAACUCAAGUUAGGAAACCCUGUUACGCAGCCUACGAGGACUAACUUUCCCGCAGUUUGAAAGUGAAGACUGGACGUUCAGUAUAAAUCGAGCCCAUCCUCCUGGACGGGCUGAAAAGUUUCAAGCGCUCGAGAUGAACCGGAGCUUUAAUAACAAAUCGCAGUCUCUGCGUAGCUUGAACAUGAACGCCGUGGAAGUGAAAAGCAAGUAUGGAGCAGAGUUCCGGAGGUUUUCAGUGGAUCGACUAAAACCUGGCAAAUUUGAGGAAUUCUACAAACUCAUCAUGACCAUCCACCGGAUUGCAAACAUGGAGGUGAUGAUCGGAUACGCUGACAUUCACGGAGACCUCCUCCCCAUCAAUAACGACGAGAACUUCAGCAAGGCAGUGUCCACUGCACACCCACUGCUGCGAAUCUUUAUCCAGAGACAAGAAGAGGUUGACUACAGCAGCUUUGGCACCAGCACUCUGACCCGGAAAAAGAAGGCCGUGGUCACUCUUCGCAACGACCUGUACCGCAAACGGCCCCACAUCCGCAUUGGCAUGCCUCAGGAUUUCCGUCCCGUGUCGUCUAUUAUUGACGUGGACAUCCUUCCUGAAUCUCACCGGAGAGUUCGGCUCUACCGGCAUGGCUCGGACAAGCCCCUGGGAUUCUACAUCCGUGAUGGAACCAGUGUCCGUGUUACACCCCAUGGCUUGGAAAAGGUCCCAGGUAUCUUCAUUUCCCGUCUGGUACCUGGAGGCCUGGCCGAUAGCACGGGCCUGCUGGCCGUCAAUGAUGAGGUCUUGGAGGUCAAUGGCAUCGAGGUCACAGGAAAAACGUUGGACCAGGUGACUGACAUGAUGAUUGCAAACAGCCACAACCUUAUUGUGACUGUGAAGCCGGUGAACCAGCGCAACAAUGUGGUGCGCAGCAGUCGUAUCUCGGCCAGCUCUGGUCAGUCAUCCGACAGCAGCGGUUCGGUGGGAUACCCUUCCAUCACCGCUCCCACCGGUGCCACCGCCAUCUCUCAUGGCUACAGCCCAGAGGACCUGGAGAGUGACGAGGAGUCGGACAUUGUAAUUGAGAGCAACAUCAAGAGGCCAUCACGACGUUCCAAUGCCUCGGUAGCUUCAACUGCAUCCCGGUCCCAGACGCAAGCAACCACUGUGACCCCACCCAGCCCCCCUACACGACCCCAAACAAGGCCUCCAUCCACAGUGUCCACAGCGUCUUUCCACUCUCAACCGAGCUUUAAUGGCAUAGUGCACAAUAGUUUGAGUUUCAAGUUGCAGAAGGACCUUACCCUCCAACACCACCCCUACCACAGCAGCAACCCCGCUAUGCGGGAGAGCAACUGCAGCCUACACAAAAUCCUCAGCAGCCUGAGGACAGACCCCCGUCACAGCCUGGCUUUACCCAGAGGAGGGGUGGAGGAGGAUGGCACAGUCAUCACUUUAUAAUACAUGUACUCUCUUAAAAUCCAGCCCUCCCAGAGACUCUGCCUUUCAGCCUGGGACAUCAGACUCGACUUUGAACCUCACCAAACUUUAAGGGAUUUAAAUAAUGAAUAAUUUAACAGAAACAAUAUCUGGAAUUUUAAUCUUUUUUUUUUUUUAAAUGUUUGCUUUCCCUGUUGUAAUGUCUUAACUGUCAAAAAUGUUUCAGAUUUAGUGGCAUGUCUCUUUUUCUAAGCAGAACCACUUUUUUAUCUCGUCUAUCAGUGUUUCUCAGUUCUUGUUUAGCUCUGGUUUAUUUUAAUCAUGUUUUCUAAAUGUCUCUUGGGACCAGAAAUUGGGCUUAGACCUGUGCUACUGUUGUCUUCUGUUUAAACUUUGUAUCUGAAAACAAACAUGUGCCCCAGUGUAAUAGAAAAGCCAGUUACAUUGUGCAAAUGGCAAAAUGAAUUUACACUUAAUCAUAAAUACAAACAUUUUGUUUUCCCUGCCUAAUCCAAGUUAAUAACUAAAUAGCAUUAAUAUUCAUUAUCAUGAAUUUUUGGUGAUAAUCUGCUGCUGUUUAGUACAUCUGUAUGUCACUUCAGUGUUAAUGAAGCCACUCAGAUCCACACAGUUGAACAGACUGCUGUCUCAUAGUAGUCAGAUUUUUAAUGUUGAUGUAGCCACUGAUCAUACUUAAAGGGACAGUACUCCCCAAAAUUGAAAAUUCUGUCAUGAUUGACUCACCUUCAACUUGCUCCAAACCU